AUGGUGAAUAUCGAACCGAAUCAAAGCUACACGAAGCCAAAGCAAGCAGGUCCUGCUAUCCACAUAUCGGCACUCCCGACGAGGCAGAAUCAAGGAGACCUACCUUCCUUCUCCAUCCCUCUGCAAUACAACCUUGGAACUUUCAAGAAAGUAGAAGAUGUCCAAAUAGAAGAAUCAGAGCAGAACCAGUGGGAUGGAAGAAUUAUGUCCAAUUUUCAUCUUAUGAAUUUGAAACCACUUGUCGAAAAUAGAGAAGAUAUAAAUAUGACAGAAUUGAAGUAUGAAGUAAAGAAUGAAAAUAGGGUUAAUUAUGAAAUCGCAAAUCAAAUAGAGACUGAAGAUAUUCUUGGUAAAGAAACUGUGAACGAGGGACAGACAAUAUCACCAGACUUUGAAAUACGAUAUCAAUACCAAAAUGAAACCGAUAAAAGGUAUAGAGAAGGCUUUGAAAGUUCCAUCAUGGAGGAUGGAAGAAAUGAUUUUGUAUGUGAUAAUGAUUUUUUAUGUAAAAGUAAUUAUGAUAAGGCAGAUGAAAAGAGAA